AUGACUCAGCUGGCCGACACCUUGCUGUCACAUCCCUUGCCACGCAGUGUAGAAGAUGGCAAGCUCUCCGUUGUUCGUACCCCCUCAGAAAGUCCCAGCCGCAGCCGUAGUCCGGCCAAGUCUGAAAAGCAGACGCUUCCGAUCAGGAGUCGAGAUCGCAGCUAUGGCACCUCGCCUGGAUUGUCUGAUGCCGAGAUCCGGCCAGUCAGAUCUCUUUCGGCUCCAUCGAUGCUCUGGCAUCACCCCCAUGACGCACACCAGCCAGAGAACCCUCGGCGCUUUCCAUCAGCGCCGCCGCAGAAGAGGGAGACAAGGAGCUCUGGAGAGGUCGACAUUCCACCGCUUAGUGCGACAGCCAUGAACCACCUGGGCCGCGUACUGCAAAAUCAGUUCGGUCAGAUGCAGGACAUGCAGGAUGACAGACUGGAGCCAGUGCCACCCACUCCUAAGGGCAGGAGGAAAGUCAAGGAGCCGGCUGACUUGGCAGAGCUUGGGACGAGGAAGGAUUUCAUACACCGACUUGUUGAAAACCAAUGCUUUAUCGCCGGAUUCAUGACGCUAACGCUGUUUGCCCUCUUCGUGCCAGAUAUUGAUCUGCUCUUGGGCACAGUGGAAACUCAACAGAUUCUGAGUGUGGUGAUGACUGUGGCUUGCUUCCUCUUCCUUUUCGAAAUUGUGGUGCAAUGCUUCGGGAAGAAGUCGUAUGUUUUUGGCGCAUACUUCUGGCUCGACGUGAUUGCCUUGAUUUCAUUGCUUCCCGACACCUGGCUCUUCAAAGCCGUUUUUGAGUCCAACCAGGCCUUCGUCGCCGGCCGCUCCUCGCGCCUGGCGAGGCUGCUGCGCAUUGCCUCGCGUUCCUCGAAGGCGACGAGGCUGAAUCGCUUGACCCGCAUUGUGCGGGUGGCAGCGCUGAUGCCACGGCUUGGGAAAGUUUGUUCCAAACGUGUCAAAGUCAACGCCACAAAUCGAGUCCUGGACAAGAAGUUGAGACGUGUCUUCAACUUCUUGGACAACGACAUGGAUGGGCUCAUCCCGCGCAUCGCGGUGCCGAGCGUCGUGGCCAAGCUCAAGGCAGGUGACGCUUCCGACGAGCAGUCUGUCGCUCUGGUGAACCUCAUGAAGUGCAAGGUUGCAAGCACACUUGGCGCCAUGAGACGCCUGGGCACGAAGGCGAAUCGGUCGGAGCAUGUCUCUGAGGGGGCCAGGUCGAAGACAUCACAGCGGAUGCUUGACUUCGACUUCGAGCCAGAGUCGCCAAACCCAUCACAAGCAACCUCAGGACCAGGCCCGAUGGAUGCGCUUCCGACUCCGUUCUCCACAGAGCAUCAGAGCAUUCCACCCAAGCCAGAAAGCAGCCACGCCAGCCCGCGGCGCCGGUCGCCCCUCAGCAGGGCACACACCAUUCAGGCCAGGAUGAAGGUCAGUCUGGCAACCAGCACCGCGUCCCAGCUAACAAAGCAAACUCCCGAUGAAGAAGAGGAGGAGGAUGUCGGGAUGAUAGAUUUUGAAGCAUUCAAAGAGCUCAUGUUGGAAGAUAAGUGGGUCGAAGAGAAGCUGCGACGCUCCUGCGAGCAGCAGCUGAAGCAGGCGAGCAACAUGAAGAACCUCACCUCGAGGCAUGCUGAAUAUGUGGCCGUCCAGGUGGCGCUGGGUGUUCUGGCGCUUCUCUUCGUCCUCAACAUCAUCGAACCGACUCUCACCAACAACUCGGCACUUCGCGGCCUGGGCUUCUGUGACAACUUGGUUCGAUCCGAGUUUCCCGACAUCGGGGAUCAUGCUGAAGUUCCUGAACUUGUCAAUGAGCAGGUUGAGGUGUGGCUUCAUGCAAUGGAGAAGAGCAUCGGCACAAGAUCGUUGCUUUAUCUCGAUUUGGACAAGAAGGUGUACUGCAAUGAGAUCUCCUCAGGCGGCUCAUGCUCCUCCGUCCAGUUCUUCAAGGGGCCACGACGUGUCCUUAAUGACCUGGAUGAUGACGUGAGGAGCACGGGCAUCAGGCAAGUUGAUCUUGUGCUGCUCCGAUUCCCGGACUUCUCUGAUAGCGAAGUUUCGCCAGAGGAGUUGGAGCUUCGGACAACUGCCAUUGCAGUGAUCUUUGAUCGUGCUCGAACUUCAACAGAGGCAUGGAUGUCGCUCUCGACCACAGCCUCGGUCAUCGUCAUCAUCCUCCUUGGGAUCGUCCUCCUCACCAGGGACCUCACCUACCUGUCCCACCACUUGCUGAGGCCCCUGCGUGACCUUGCCGACGACAUGGAGAGCAUCGCGCAGUUUGCGGGUGUGGGCAGUGAGGAGGAGGCUGGGGGUGAGCCCGAGACCAGCGAGGUGCUUCUGAUCCGAAGGACCUUCGACAACAUGAAGAAGGCCGUCCGCUCGUGGGGAAAGUAUGUUCCCCUGCCGGUCGUACAGCUGCUUCUGAGAGAUGGGGAGGAGGCCAAGCUGGAAGUCAAGGAGAGAGAGGUAACCAUGUUUUUCUCUGAUAUCGCGAACUUCACAACGAUAGUAGAAAGCAUUGAGCCGGCUGCCUGCCUGCUUCUGCUCAGCCGCUACUUCAAUGACAUGUCCAAGGUCAUUGAUGAACACAGCGGCGUUGUGCUGGAGUUCAUUGGAGAUGCGAUCCAAUGCGUCUACGGCGCACCUUUGGAGAACGAGCGCCAUCCGACCUUGGCCGUGGAGGCUGCCUUGCGGAUGCUGGGCGCCCUGCGGCGCAUCCGCGACUGGUGCAAGGAGCAUCGCCUUCCCGAAGUGAACAUCAGGUGCGGAGUUCACACAGGCCGUGUGCUGGUUGGCAACAUGGGCUUCUCCUCUCGCAUGAAGUACGGAAUCGUGGGUGAAGAGUCUACCAUUGCAGGCAAGCUCGAGGAGCUGAAUAAGACGUACAAGACUCGUAUACUGAUAUCGGAAAGCACCUAUGAACUGCUCGAUCCGAAUGAGUUCUUCAUUCGCCCUGUGGACUUCACGUAUCUAAGACAGGUACAGGAGGCCACAAGCGAGCUCGUGUAUGAGGUAAUGCCGAUGAAAACAAAGAAGCCAUCGAGUCCAUUAAAGCGCAUCCUCUCUCUGCAUGCAGAGGGCAUCUGCGAGUACAGGCGAAGGGAGUUCUCCAGCGCGGCAAGGAAGUUCGAGCAGGUGAAUACCAUCCUGGCAGAUUUCAAUGGAGAAGAUGACGUACCAUCUUCCCUGAUGGCCAAGCGUUGUACCACCUUGGCUGAAGUGCCACCAUCGAAUGAGUGGGAUGGCACUUGGGACUCUUAUGUUGAUUCUUUGGGUGUUUGA